UAACCCUACUGUUGACCAUUCGGCUUGGAUACGUUUAUACAACUACCACUUGAUUUCACGGGUCUAGUAUUUCGUGAGGACUGCUGUUGUUAGGUUGUUGUUAUUUUUUUAAAAGUUGUUGUUAGGAGUAGACUAGAUUCAUUCAUCCGCAUUACGGUUUAUGUCUAGAUCUAGAUAGGUUUAUAGUUGAAGGAUUAAAAGAUUCGAUUGCGUGGAAAGGAUUUAUAUUAUAUCUAAGAGACUGAAACUGGUUUCAAGUUGGAGAAGAAAAAAAACACCUAAGGAAUUAGGAUCUACGUUAAAUAGAGCUAAGUACGAGAUUAAUAUUCAAGGCUUACAUUUGCAACCUGCCUGUUUUAAUUAUUGUUUUUUAUUCAGAAGUGCGGUUAAUUAUUUUAUAAGCAAUUUGGAUAAUUAGAAAGCUGUUGUUGUAUUUAAAUUGUGUUCAGUGUGUAAGGAUGUUGAGGGCCGAGCAACACGGUGGAGACUCACGCGAGUCCGUGUGUGUACUCACCGACAGGCUCUCGGGGCUCUAAGUGGACACCAGACGUCCCGUCGACGGACGGUUCUAGAAUGUUCCUGCGGCACACUGGUCUGGUUUUAUUCUCGGUGGUUUUCUUGGCCAACGUUAGGACAGAACCUACGACGUAGACACAUUUCGGUGGUUUUUUUUUUUUUUGGCCGGCCUUGAACCUGCGAGUUGGUGGCCUUGACCCUAAUAAUUAGGUCUGUUGCAAGAUUAUUUUUUUUUAGGAAAUUAUCGGAGCUUAGCCAAUUUAAUAAGAUCAAGUUGAGCCGUACUACACACGUCUAGACGGCGAGGUUGCGCCGGAGCUUAAACAUAUUUAGACGGCCAGACGGCUUAUGGAAUACACACACAGACGGCCUAGUUGAGCAGUAUAAUUUUAUAAAUAAUUGAGCAGUUAUAUUCACAUCUAGACGGCAUUAGUGAACUUCACCACCACAAUCUAGACGGCCAGACUGAACUUCAGCACCACAAUCUAGACGGCCAGACCACACUGUGGCACCCUACUAGACGGCCAACACAUCGCUGCCAUGCUCUGGUACCGGAUCCGUCUGGUUCUUCUUGGCCUCACGCUCAGCGUCGUCCAUGUCGUCACCGGCUCCUGCGACCUUCAGUUCCAGGACGCCGCGUCUUUGGCCAUCUCCAGUGACGUCGUCUUUAAAGGCCAGGUGCUCGGCACCGUCCCCUGGUUGGGCAGCGUCAAUCACACAGUCCUUGUACUGAAAGUCUUAAAAGGGAGAUCAUCCUUACGGAAGAAAAACGUGACGAUCGGAGUAUUCGGCCAUGAUGAAGACAAGUCCCGUUGUAUUCCUAAGAAGAUUGCGGUUAGCAAAAAAAAAAAGCAGUGUCUUGUUUUAUCUGAGGGAGGUGGGCUCGAAAACGGGAUUAUUGUUUGAGAACGUGGCCCCGCCGCACACGAAGUCGAUCAAAUCUCACGAGAACCUCGUCAACAGCGUUGUGUGCGAUGGAUGUGUGCCGUUCGCGCCGUCAGAAAAGAAGAUUGUCAUUAAAACCGUCACCUCUGACCCCUCAAAGGUGCAAGUCACGUGCACGGCGGAGGGCUACCCCACCCCCCGUCUCGUGCUGUUAAAAGAUGGUAAAAAAUUUAAAGGACAGAAAAAGCCAAAAGUCAAGGUCAAGGUGUCAUUAUCCAAAGUCAGCCAUUCCUUCAAGGCCAGCGAGUUGACCAACAAACAUCUGUACGCAUGCGUGGCAGAGAACGUGCUGGGCAAGGCGAAUAAGACAUUCUCAUUUUCAACGCCUUCCAUCAGCAUCGAGAGGAUCACGGAAGAGGAAGACACCGAUCCGUUUGAGCUGAUGUGUUCCUCCGACACCUACCCCACGCCUUAUAUAGCAUGGCUGUUCAGGGGAAAGGUGCUAAAAGACAAUAAAGGGAAGGGAGAUCAACUACGGCCCAGCGUGACCUUGAAAUACCCCAAGCCUAGCACAGCCUUCAUGUUCGAGGACUUCACCUGCACAGCCAGCAAUAUCCUGGGUGAACAGCGACACGACAUUUCUAUCAGGGAGAUGCCGCCAGUUAUUAAGAUAGAGAUUCGGUCUAUACCUGGAGAGGCUGAGCACAUCGAGGUAGAAUGUAGUACAAAUGUUUUCCCUAUACCCACACUAACCUGGAUCAAAGAUGGACAAGUAUUAAAAACGAAUAAUGGAAAGAGCUUGACGUUAAGGUACAUAUCACAUAUAAAUCGUCAAGAAAACUACACCCUCUCAUGUGAAGCCACCACUAAACACGGCAAGACAGCCAAAAGCAUAUCUGUUGAAGCGAAACCAGCCAAGAUAUCCAAAAUAUCACGAGUCGGGUCAGUCAAUGUGAACCGGGAGUUUGAGCUGACAUGUCACGUGGAAGGUUUCCCUGAGCCUGUCGUUCAAUGGAAGCACAAUGGACAAAUAGUGAACCACAAGUUAAAAAAAACAACGAGCACCCUGACAAUCGCACAAAUUAUCAGGGAGAGAGGGACGUACACCUACGUCUGUGAGGCUUUUAACCCGUUCGGCAACUCUUCCAAAAAAAUCACAAUUGAAGUCCCUGUGUGUGAAAACAAAACCAAUGGAUACUGUUUGAAUGGUGGUGUGUGCGAAAUCACAGCCGGCAUUGAACAUUGCGUGUGCGCGGUCGGCUAUGCAGGUCCAAGGUGUGAAGCCACUGACGUACGUCUCUCACCCGAAGUCUCUUACAAUCGUCAGGCAUCCCUCCUCUUUCAGAGAACUCUGAUCAUCAUCGGCAUUGUCAUCGCUCUCCUCGUCUUCGUGGCCAUUUGCAUUGCAUCUUACGUGCUCGCUAAGAGGCAGCAACGGAAAUACAACAAAAGCAGAACAGCCAAUCCCAAUCACACAGCCAACUCUCCCCCCACCGGAGGUAACUCGGGACCAGAAAAUGGAGGAGGAGUUAUCGCCCGUGACAGUUCAGCACCGUCGAUGACGGAACCAAAGUUGGGAAAAAGUGAAAUGGCGUCACCGCCUACACAUCCGUUUCCCGUCCCGCCCUUUAUGAGAACGGGAAAUAAACCAGCCGAAACGCGAAGAAGACUUUGUGCCUCUUCUCAGUAUGACAAUGUUCGCGAUCUUGAAGCAAUCCUUGAUAACGAUUCUUCAAAUACCGCCAAGCCUUAUGAAAAAAUCCAAAUGGCGCCGCUUAGGAGCGUUGGAGCGAGCCCCGAGCCAGCGGAAGUUCAACCGAGUCUGGGUACACCUGGGGAGAGUCCCAGCCCAGGCUUACCACGUGAUCACCAUCAUCCAACCCCCUCACCAUCAGCACCGCCCCCUGUCCCCACGAUUCAGUAUUCCACAUCGCCAUCAUCUCCAGACAACGCCACUUCACGGCAAGCAUUUUCAACUGCUGAUCCGAACUCUAUCCAAACGUUUCAUCCGCUUGGCUCCAGAAGCGACAGAGACAUUGCAAGACACUUAGCCUCCACCAGAAACAAGCAUAAAACCAGCCACGAUCCUUUAGAGAAUGAAAACCUGUUAAAGAAAGCCAAACUAACAAGCUCCAACACAUUUCCAACCUCCAAAGUUAACAGCGUACCUUUACUAGACUCAGAUAGUGAUGAAGACGUCCGGGACAUUCACUACGACCUUCACAUCACAGAAGAAGACCUUGACCUCUCCAAAGGGAGUUCCUACAACAGUUCCAGCAGCAGCAUGAGGUCGCCCACAGGUCAGCAAGAAUCUCUUGGGCUCCUGGCGUCCACACAUUCAUCCCGGCCCGGGGUAAGGAAGCACCAGAGUGAAGACAGCCCGUCUUACAACACGCCAACAAACAGAAGGUACGGGCUUCAGCAGGAGGACAAUGCUCGGAGCUACUCCCUGGAUGAACCAGCCACAAAACCCGCCGCCCCACCCUCUAAGCACAUGAACAGUACACUGCUCGGCUCCCCAGAGUCUGAGUACCCCCACGCUGCCCCAGGACCAUGCCAGCAUUACAACCACAAUGAAUACGACCCCACCGAUGACGAGGUGCCGUGGGAUGCAAACAGUUCAAAGGUCACAAACGACGAGCACUACAAGCUUAAAGAUGUAGCCCCUAAUCAACGACCCAUUCCCAUCUAGAUGUUUGCUUAACAGAAUGACAGGGCUGUUUUGUGGUGAUUUGUAUAGAGCUUUACUAGAGGGGAGGCUAAUAAACGAAUAUCUUGAUAGAAGAAUACAUAGCACACAAAUUUAAAAAUACAUAGAUAAAAUUGAGGCCAAAGUUCAAAUUGCUCAAAAAUAUUUCAUUUUCUAUAUUCUUUUAUCCCUGUUACCACUCCAAAUGCAAUUUUUUUUAAAUUGAUGGUAUUUCAGGGAAAAUAAGUUUGUUCAGGCUAUUUCAAAAACAAAAGUGCUAAUAAUUAAAUUAUUAGGCAGAGUCUAAUAUUUGUUACUUGUUAUAUAUAGAGCUUUAACUUUCUCUAAAGUGGUUCAUUACUUUAUUUUUUAAAAAUAAUUUUACUUUGAUAAAAGUAAUGGGGAAGACAGCAUUACAAUUAGGAAAUAAGUAUUUAAAACUUGUGAUGAGAGUAACUAAAUAGGUGGUAGUGAUCAUUCAUGGCUAGGAAACUCACAAAAAUGGAUAUAUAAAAUUUAUUUUUUCUUGCUUGUAAAAUAGAACCUUAACUUAUAACUCAAAAGACCCACCCAGUGAGUAUCUUCUCAAAAUAGCUAAACUCCAACAUUACUCCUUCACAUAACGGUAUACAAAAAGUAUAUUUUCACUACAACAUAAUAUAUAGUUACUGUUUUUUUUUCUAGUAGUAAAAAGUUAUAUUUUAUUAGCAGUAAAUUACAAAAAUACCACAAUGAACAUAAACUUUUUAAAAAUAUGUAACAAUCAGCCAUACUUGUUUUCUGGUAUUGUUAUAAAUUGUCUUUUAAUAAAAAUCCUUGAAUGUGAUAAGUUGCACCUGCUAAAGCUUUGAUAAUAAAUUUAUUAAUGAACAAUGUAAAAUAAAUUUUAAUAUUCAUACUUUUUUUUAAAUUUGAAAAUAUUGUAAUGGUCGGCAGUUUAAAAAAAAAAAUUAUGGGCAUUGGUAACAAUUUAUAAAAAAAAUUAUUACUAUCUUUUUUUAUAUAUUGGACUUAAAAAUAUACAAAAUAUUAAAUCAUUAUUCAUCGUUAUUUAGUCAGUCACUGUAAAGAUUACGAUGCCACAUUGACUGUGAGAUACUAUGGACUGAGCUAUACUGAUGAUAAACGAGAAGGUAAAAACGCCAUGGUAGAUUAAAGAAUGUUUAAAAAUCUGUUUUAAGUUAAAUUUAAAAUAUCUUAUGUUUUUGAAGAAACAGUUACACAGAAAUACUGUUUUGUAUACAACAUUAUUGUCUACUAGUGGAAUCUUAUUUUAUAAAUGUUUUUAAUUUCAAUACUAAUACAGUUUGUAAAAAAUAUGUUUUGAAGCCUUUUUAUGCACCAAAAUAGUAUGGUACAUUUUACCAAAUUCUCUUAAAGAAAAUGGUGUCAAUUAAAUCUCUUCCUUCAAGGCUUUCAUUAGCAUAGAAAAGUCCACAAAUCCCAUACAAAAAAAUCAUUACUAAUAUCAUUUGUACAUUUUAAUUUUUGACUAAUUUUUAAUGUUAUGUAGUGGUUUAUUUAAUUUUAUUUGAUGUUGUGAAUUCUACACUUAUAAAAUAUUUUAUAUUCAUCUAUAAAUGAAACUUCAUUGCUGUAAUAAUUUUCUCCAUGCUGGAGUGAUUAUAAAGUAUGAAAACACUGCCCAGUUUAUAAAUAUAUAUGCUUUAAUAAACACACUGUCCUAGUGUUAAUAACUGCCAUUUUCAUGUUUUAACACAAUUAAUUUUUUAACUUAAAUUAAUAGGUGUUUGUUUAAAUCUUUGUAGUUUUUAAUUAUCAAAACCAAUUAGUUUACAACAGUUUUUUUAUGAAUUAUUUUAAAAUAAAUAUGAUUUUAGUAGCUUUAUUGUUAAAACAAUUCAGUGGCAAGAAGAUUUGCAUUUUAAAUUAGAUGGAUUAAGAAGAUAAAAUAUGUUUGGAUACUUAAAUUAUAUUCAUUUUAGCUUACAGCCAAAUGUUGAAAUGAAUCAAUUAUUUUUCUCAAAGUUUUAGUUGGGUCAGCCUAAAAUCUUUAUUUUACUGUCUUUGGUUGCUUAAGCUGUUAGUAAUUAAUAUUUUCUGGGGGCAUUUUUUGCCAGCUGAAAUUGUUUCUUUUAUAUUUUUUUUUUACUUUUUAAAAUCAAUAUUCUAAUAAUGUUGAUACUCGAUGUACAUAAUUAACAAAUAAUCUAUUAUUUAUAAAAAAAAUGUUAAUUUAUUUUCAGACAAAAACCAUUGAAUUCUUGUUUCAUGUUACAUUUUGUAAAAACAUCAUUCAACAUGGUUAAAGAUUUACAUUCCAAUUUCAUUGACAUGUUUUUUUUAGUUUUGUUCUGUUUUGUAAUUAUGUGCAAAGUUUUGUUGACUUUGUGCCUGGUUUGGUUGUUUUGUGUUAAGUUUGGCAUAAUAUAUUGCUGGGGUUUUUAUUUCUGCUCAUUUUUAAAGAUUUUAUUUGUUAUAAAUAUUUUGUUGCCAUAAUUUCCAAAGUAGAAUUUUAGAGUGUCUUUUAAAAAUUCUAAACCAAGUUUAUAAAUUAUGUUUUACUUAGUAUUACUAUUUCCGAUAACUAAGUUUUUUAGCAUAAAUCCUUUUUUACCUUUCUUGAGUCCUGAAGAAAAAAAAAUAGUUACAUUUAUUACUGACUAAAUUCAUCAACGUUCAGCACUUGCCAAUAUUUCAUUGUUUUUUAGUAUUUCAAUUAAAAUUUCAGUUUAAUUUAAAUUUGAAUAUUUGGUUGACAUGGACACACUGGUAUUUAUCUGGCAACAAUUGUCCUGUACUACAUAUAUUUAUUCAUACAAAACAAACUUUGUAAAUAACCUAUGUAAAAUUUAAAUAUUGCAAAUUGUACUUGAAUUUGAAGUAUGAUUGUGGGUUUCUGUAAUGAAUAAUUUAUUGACAAUUUGAAUGAACAGAGAAUGUUUUGUCGAUUUUUUGCGUUGUGUUUAUACGAGAAAGUGUUUCAAUAAAGAAUACGUUGAAAUUAAAUUUUAAUCAUGAAAAUAAAGAGCUUAUAUAA